CAGAAAAGAACCGCACAGUCUCCACUCAUCCAAACAGGUUUUCUGCUGACAUUUAGACGCGACGUCUCAUCCUACAAGACUGUGUUAGGAUUUAGAUUAUUUCUGCAUCGAACACUUUAUAACAGUGACAGUGACAUGUAUGGGAAUGUAUAGGACAAUGAAACAGGAGAGGAGAUAUCACAGAGCAGCCACUUGUUGACAGAAAUAGCGACGUAAACGAGCGUGUCUCGUUUCUAAAACACAGCCACAAUGAAACCUCAGGAUAUUAUCAAAGAAAAGAGCAGCCUGUGGAUAUUUGGCUAUGGCUCCUUAGUGUGGAAACCGGAUUUUGAUUACAAGAGGAGUAAAAUCGGCUGCAUUAAGGGAUACAAAAGACGCUUCUGGCAUGGAGACGAUUUUUAUCGAGGGGACAAGAAAAGGCCUAUGUGUUAUUUUGUGUUGUGUGAUGUGCUGAGGUGGCCACCUCCUCACUGCGUGUGUCCUUGCUGUCCACAGCCUGGCAGAGUGGUGACACUAGUGGAAGAUCAGGACGCUUGCACAUGGGGAGUGGCCUAUGAGGUGACUGACUCCCAGAUUGAAGUCUCCCUUCAGUACCUGAACAUGAGAGAGGUUGUGUUGGGGGGCUACAUAACAGAGAUGGUGGAGUUCAUCCCUAAGGAGAAGGACCAGGCUCCUCUGUUGGCCCUCGUCUACAUCGCUACUUCCGAAAAUCCCAUCUACCUCGGCCCGGCCUCGGACAAGGAGAUUGCCGCCCAGAUUGCCGUCUGCAGGGGCAACACGGGCCACAAUAUUGAAUACCUGGUCCGCCUGGCAGAGUUCAUGAGGCUAUGCUGUCCCGGGGUAGAGGAUGAUCACCUCUUCUCCAUUGAGGCAGCUGUCCUAGACACUUUCCGUGACUGCGGAGGGAUCAAACCCCCAGACCAAAAAACCCUACUGCUGGGAGCUACAUAAAGGCACUCCACACCAUAAAACUGUCCAUGUUUUUAAACUGGGUGAAAGGGAAUUGAAGUCCUCCAAUACUUAAUAAUCAGGAAUACCUGAUUUGGUUUCAUGGGAAAUAUAACAGGGUUGACAUUUUCAGUGGAUAACUAUUUUUAAGUGGCAGCAUAACCUCGCAGAGUUGUGUUCCUCAGCAUGCACUUCAACUGUAAAGACAGCGUAGGUUAUGCAUGCUUCACUUUAUACUGUAUACAAAUUCCAGAAGCAUGGGAUGCUUUUAAAAACACACACCAAGAUAUGACUUCACCAUUUGAAUACCUCAUGUCUUACACCUUUGUUGUAAAAGGGGUCUCAGAAGAAUUGUAAACUGUGUUCAUUUUUAAUAAGCAUUUGAAUAAAAACACUAAAAUCUGCAUUUAA